UUAUUAUGCGGAUGGGAAAGGCGUAUAGAAACUUAAGAGUGGAGGGUAGGAAUAGGAUAGGGAAGGGCUAUUUUGUUCAAAAAGAAAGACGAGGCCAGCCAAAGUUCACACAAAAAGCCAAAUGAAAUCCCAUUUUGAAGUCCGUUGGUCUGGUCGUUCCCAAGGAGAACAAAACAGAUGUAGAGCCUGAAACAUGGUCCUCAGUUCUCUACGGUUUCUCCCAGGAUACUAGCCCUCCGCCUGUCUCUUAAUCUUUUGCUUCUUUAGGGUUUACUUAAUUGUUGUUGUUGUUGUUGAUUUUCAUAAAAAAAAAAAAAGUUGUUAUUGUUGAUGGGCCAAUCAGUUUCGACGGCCAAACUCACGAGCCGUCGGGAUUGUAACCGUAGCCAACGUUCAAAGUCGAAAUCAACGGCUCUGAUCGGUCAGAUGCAAGCUGAGGAAGCGGAAGAGGUUGAACGAAAUAGCAUUGAUGGGUUAUCGGAUAUCAUCUCGGUUCUACCCGACGAGUGUUUGGCUUGCAUUUUCCAGUCUCUAACUCCCGGUGACCGGAAACGGUGUUCUCUUGUUUGCCGGCGUUGGUUGAGGAUUGAAGGACAGAGCCGUCACCGACUCUCCCUCAACGCCCAAUCAGAUCUGCAUCCUCUCAUUCCUUUCAUCUUCUCUCGCUUCGAUGCUGUCACGAAACUGGCCCUGAAAUGCGACCGUAGAUCUGUUAGCAUUGGCGACGAAGCGCUUGCUCAAAUCUCGGAGCACUGCAGGAACUUGACUCGUCUUAAGCUCCGAGCAUGUCGUGACUUAACCGAUGCAGGGAUGUUGGCGUUCGCUAAAAACUGCAAGAGUCUAAAGAAACUCUCGUGUGGAUCUUGCACUUUCGGAGCUAAAGGCAUGAACGCCGUGCUCGACCACUGUCCAGCUCUCGAGGAACUCUCCGUGAAACGACUUCGUGGCAUCACCGACGGAGCUGCAGCUGAGCCGAUAGGACCAGGGGUGGCAGCGGCAUCGUUGAAAUCAAUUUGCUUAAAAGAGCUUUACAAUGGACAGUGCUUUGGUCCGCUUAUUGUUGGUGCUAAGAAUCUGAGAUCCUUAAAACUUUUUAGGUGCUCUGGUGAUUGGGAUAAGCUUUUUUCUCUUAUAGUGGAUCGGGUCACGGCUAUAGUAGAAAUUCACAUGGAACGUAUCCAAGUAAGCGACAUAGGUCUCACGGCAAUUUCCAAUUGUUUAAACCUAGAAAUUCUUCACCUCGUUAAGACUCCAGAGUGUACGAACGUCGGACUUGGAUCUGUUGCUGAGAAAUGUAGAUUGUUGAGGAAGCUUCACAUUGAUGGAUGGAAGGCCAAUCGAAUAGGUGACCAAGGAUUAAUUGCUGUCGCGAAAUCUUGCCUUAAUUUACAAGAAUUAGUUCUUAUUGGUGUUAAUCCGACGAAAAUAAGUUUGGAAAUGUUAGCUUCGAAUUGUCAGAAUCUAGAACGGUUAGCUUUAUGCGGUAGUGAUACAGUUGGUGAUGCAGAGAUAUCUUGUAUUGCUUUGAAAUGCAUAGCUUUAAAGAAGCUUUGUAUUAAGAGUUGCCCUGUAUCAGACCAUGGAAUGGAAGCCCUAGCUAGUGGUUGCCCGAAUUUGGUUAAAGUGAAGGUGAAGAAAUGUAGAGGAGUAACUUCGGAGGGGGUGGAAUGGUUAAGAACGAAUAGAGGAUCACUCGUAAUUAAUUUGGACACAGGGGAACAGUUGGAUGCAACUGCCAGUGAUGGUGGUGGUGCACAAGAUAAUGGAGUCGAAUUUCCUCCAAUGGUAGCCAGUCAAAUUGGUGCACCUAGUAUUGCUUCCAGCAGCACUGGUCGAUCCACAUCGCAUAAGUUGUUGGGGCUUUUGAGUGGGAUGAGUUUAGUGGCUUGUACUCUGAGAAGGUUUGGAAACAGUAAUGGCAGUUCUCAGAGUUAAUUUGGAUUGGAGGAGGAGGCGUAUCGAACUGUUUACAUUCUUUUGCGUUUGUAGUAUGGGAUCCAAUGUUUGAAGAAAUUUAAAUUCAAUGAUUUGUGCUGUUGAUUUGAAUCUUCAUCUUCAGAAGUGAUGUUCUUUUUUUCUUAUAUAUUCUUUUGACGACAGCACCCUAAUACAUUUGUUAGAUCGGUAUAUUUGUUUAGUUUCCGAUUCUUUUUAUGCAUAUUGACUUCACAUAUUAUGUUUUUGAAAA